UGGCCGGGCCAGGCAGAGCCGAGCGCAGUCGGGCCCGGGCCGGGGUCGGCAUCUGGUGGAGUCCUCUCCCACAAGGUCCCCCCAGCCCGACGCCACAGGGACCGGGCCCAGGGGGCAGGAGCGCGCCCGGGAGGCGCCCAGAGAAGCCAUGGAACUGAGCGGCAAGAAGAAGCUUCACGCCCUGUCCCUGGCGGAGAAGAUCCAGGUGCUCGAGCUCCUGGAUGAGUCCAAGAUGUCCCAGUCGGAGGUGGCGCGCCGUUUCCAGGUCUCUCAGCCUCAGAUCUCCCGAAUCUGUAAGAAUAAGGAGAAGCUGCUGGCGGACUGGUGCAGCGGCACGGCCAACCGCGAGCGCAAGCGCAAGCGCGAGUCCAAGUACAGUGGCAUCGACGAGGCGCUCCUGUGCUGGUACCACAUAGCGCAGGCCAAGGCCUGGGACGUCACGGGCCCCAUGCUGCUGCACAAAGCCAAGGAGCUGGCCGACCUCAUGGGCCAGCACUUUGUGCCCAGCAUCGGCUGGCUGGUGCGCUGGAAGCGCCGCAACAACGUGGGUUUGGGGGCCCGCCACGUCCUCCCCCCUCCUCACACUUCCCCAGAGCCUCCCACCAUGGGCACUGACCCCCAUACUCCCAUUACCCUGAAAGACUUUUCCCCAGAGGAUAUUUUUGGCUGUACCGAGGUGCCCUUAUUGUAUAGGGCGGUCCCAGGUGGAGUGGCGUCAGGCGAUCGGUUACAGGUGUUACUGUGUGCCAACAGUGGUGGCACGGAGAAGCGGCGGCUGGUGGUCGUGGGGGGCCGGCAGCCUUCUCCCCGGUGCUUCUUUGGGCUCAGCAGCGAGGCUCUGCCGGUCCUGUACCGCCCAGGGCCUCGGAUCCCCUGGGCAGACUGGCUGGCCCAGCUGGACCACGACAUGGGGCAGCAAGGCCGACAAGUGGCCUUGUUGCUGCCUGCCCACCCAGCCGGAGGGGCCACCGAGCUGCCUGAGCUUCAGCACGUGAGGCUGUUGCCUCUGCCUGCUGAUGGCACCAUCCCCUGCUUACCUGCUCCUGUGGUGCGGGACUUCAAGACCCGUUACCGGCACCGCCUCCUGAGUAAGCUGGCUGCUGGCUGCGGGCAGGAAGAAGGCACAUCUCUGGCUGCUGCUGGGGCGGGCAUCACAGUGCUUGAUGCUUUGCACGUGAUGGCAGCCGCCUGGGACAGAGUGCCCGCUGGCUUCAUCAGGAGCAGCUUUGCCCUGGCUGGCCUGUGGCCCGGCAGAUCUCCCCCAUCUACAAGAGAAGUGCCCAAGAUGCCCCCCCUGCCUGGCGGGCUGAGACCCGAAGAAUUUUCCCGCUUUGUGGACCUAGAGGGUGAGGAGACAGACGAGGGAGGAUGCAAGGAAGAAGCGAUGAGUGAGAGUGAGGAGGAGAAUGGGGAUGGUGGCUUCACACCUUUGCCGACCAAAGCAGAUGCCUUGCGGGCACUGGGCACCUUGAGGCGGUGGCUUGAGUGUAAUGGGGCUUCCCCUGAACUUUUUGGGAAGUUUUACGACUGUGAAGAGGAGGUAGAACGAAUGUGCUACCAGUGAGGGGUCCCCAGUCCCCUCAGAGUCCCCCGCCUUCUUGUUUCCCAUGGAAACGCUACCAGGGGGCCCUUGGGGGAGUUCUUUCCAGUGGAAAUAAGACUGUUUUGUGUUGAGAGGAGAGAAGCUGAGACACCCAAGGCCAAGCUAUGAAGGUUUCUUCAUCCUUGAGCAGAGGGUUUCAACUGGGACUGUCCAUGGGGCAGAUCAUUCCAGAUACGUUGCCUAUUAUUAAUACCUUAACCCUCUUGGAAAUUCUAGGGUGUUAGAUAAGAAACCAUCAACAGGCAAACAGGGAGCUUGGGUAUGGGAAUCUAGGCUUCACAGCCAGCAUGAAACUCCAUGAAUUCUGACUUUAAAACCAGUUCUGCUGAUGGCGGGGAGCUGGGUGUCCCUUGGCUAAAACCAGAGAGAUUUGGGCAGUGAGCAGAAGGUGGCUCAUUGACACCUGCCCAUGUCCCAGACCAAGCCGCUGCCUCCUCCCCCUCAGAUCACAGGGAUGGUGCUGGGGCUCAGGCUUCUAAUCAGGAUGAGCAAAGAGAAUUUCCUUUCAGAAGGAUCCCAGAGGGCCUCAAGAGAAAGAGAAGCUGCAUUAACCUCUCAGUAGAUCCUUCAUAUCCCCUCAGAGAUCCCUUGGAGUCCAAGAAAUAACAGGGAAGGAGCGUCCCAGCCAAGGGGCCCUGAGUCCCAUGGAGAAAACAAGAGGGAAUGGUCCUUUGGCAUAUCAAGGCCAGGGCGCUAAUUUUCCUUAUGAUGUUUUCUGGGUUUGGUUCUUACUCAGCUUUCUGUAGAUGUCUCCUAGGAGAAAGGUCAGGAAGCUGAGCAACUGAUGAGGACACUGGUCAGUCCUGUUACUUGUUCAAAGCUCAGAAUUUCUAGACUAGAGGAGAGGACAUUGGUCACCAGGGAAGCUGGUGGGAAGGGUUUUUUUUGUAACUCGACCUGGGUCUCCAAAGUCAGUGUGGGUCAGGAAAGACGCCAGACUUCCUUUGCUACCACAAAGGCUGAGGUAUACACUCUGACCUCAACAGGGAGUAUGCUCACACACAAUCCCCCGCUCUGUCUGAUGUUGGGAGAGGUGUACCAGGUGACUUUGGCCAACUCACCUCAGACUGGGUGGGUUGGAGUAGAUACUGUUCCUUACAUUUCUGACAGUCUGUUUUCUAAGGUAGCUUCAAACCGAGGGCCUGAAUUUCAAAGCCCACAGUUUCAAGGGAUUUUUGAGUGUUUUUCUUGCUGAAUGCCUGGGGUAGUGAAUGACUGAAAGCCACCUCAAGAUUGUGGGAGAAAAUCGUGCCCUACAGUCAGUGGUUAUCUUCAUUUCCUAGUCCAUAAUGCCCCGAGUGCCCAGCAUGGUUCCUAGCUUCGGGGAUAGGCCAGCCUGGGACAAGCCAGCGCUUGCACUUGUUUGACACCAGCAUCUACUUGACCUUACAUACCAGCUUUAGCCAUGGGUAUGGUAGUCCCAGCUAGCAAGAAGCAAACUUAAGAAUAUUUGUUGACAACUUUAUACAAAUGUCUUAUCCAGCUGGAAUGGGGAGGGAGGGAGGAAGUGUCUAUUAGCCUGACGAAAGUGCCUUGAUCCAGGUACUUCGGGAUCCAUCUACCUUACUCAGGACUGCACAGGCACGGUUUUCCUUCUUAUCAUCCCUCCUCUUUUUCUCCCCAGGAUGUUAAGCCAUUUUAAGAAAACAUUCCAAAAUCCUUUGAAAUUUCCAUUUCAGACUUUAGGUUAGGUAUUAUAGACACCUGCUCCACUACCACUGACCCUUUUAGUUAAAGGGUUCGGGGAGAGGAAGAACCCAAAGGGAAAUGACAGCCAUGAAUGUCUUCUGAACAUAGUAGGAUCGAAGAGUAAAAGCCGGAAGGGACCUUGGGGUUAAUUAUUCCCUUUACGGAUGAUGCAGGAAGGCUCAACAAUGAUUUGCCCAAGGUAACAUAGCUAGCAAGUAGCAGAUCUAGUAAUUAGCCAGGCCAGGAUUUGAUCGCUAGUCUUCUGACCCUAUAUCUAGUGCUCUCUAGGUAGAAUCAGAGUAACUUCUCCCCUAGAAUUAGAGAGUUGGAAGAAAGAGGUCAUCUUCUCUGGCCUCUGCCCCUUGGAAGGUCCGUGAUGCACCAAUUUCUAUUUUUAAAAGGUCUUAAAGAAUAAAGAUUCUAUUUCCUCCCUUG